UUGGUGAUUGAUUAUUGAAAAUUCAGUGGAUCGAAACACUUUUUAAAAUAAUAAAAAAAAAGUUUGGAGAACCAAACACUUAAUAUGUUGUCAAAUCACGAAAAACAUCAGCGGUCUCCGAUACUCACCAAGAGUCAACCGGCGUUGCCUGGAGAUGAAAUUGUUAUCUCCGGAAUAUCGGGAAAAUUUCCAAAUGCCGAAAAUGUUCAAAUCCUUUCGGAUAAACUCUACAGUAAGAUCGAUAUGGUGGAUGACGACGAAGUGCGAUGGAAACACUUCAACAACGACAUUCCCAGGCGUAUGGGAAAGAUAUCGGGAUUGGAACAAUUUGACGCAACAUUUUUCGGUGUCCACUACAAACAAGCCCAGACAAUGGAUCCGCAGGGUCGUUUACUGAUUGAAACAGCUUUCGAAGCUGUUAUUGAUGCUGGUGUCAAUCCAAAACUUAUGCGAGAAACACGAACUGGUUGCUAUGUAGGCGCAUGUUUUUCGGAAGCGGAGAAAACUUGGUUCUACGAGAAAAUUUCGACUGGGGGAUUUGGUAUCACAGGAUGCAGUCGUGCCAUGCUGGCCAACCGAAUAUCGUACUGUUUAGGUAUAAAUGGACCAUCGUUUUUGCUCGAUACAGCUUGUAGUAGUUCAAUGUACGCAUUCGACUGUGCAUUUGCUGCAAUUAAAAACGGAGAAUGUGAUGCGGCUUUGGUAGGGGGGUCAAACUUGAUAAUACAUCCGUAUGUGACUCUACAAUUUGCAAAACUAGGAGUACUAGCAAAGGAUGGCUACUGUCGCCCAUUCGACGUGAAUGCUUCGGGAUACACUCGAUCUGAAGCUAUUUGUGUGAUACUCUUGCAGAAGGCAAAAGAUGCCAAGAGAAUUUAUGCCACAGUCGAGUACUCGAAGACUAAUUGUGAUGGUUAUAAGGUAGAAGGAAUAACGUAUCCAUCGAAUCAUAUGCAGGAGAAGCUCUUGAAUGAGUUUUAUACUGACAUCAAGGUAGAUCCAUCAACAGUUAAUUAUGUUGAAGCUCAUAGCACCGGUACUUCUGUCGGAGAUCCAGAGGAAUCAAUCGCUAUUGACAAUAUAUUCUGUAAAAAUCGGAAAACGCCACUGCUAGUUGGUUCGGUUAAGUCAAACCUGGGCCAUAGUGAAUCGUCAAGUGGCCUUUGUUCCAUUGCAAAGGUCCUACUGGCAUUUGAGAAUGGGAAAGUAGCUCCAAACUUACACUUUGAUCAACCCAAGCCCACGAUUAAGGCGUUAAUGGCUGGAAGGCUGCAAGUUUGUACAGAAAUUACGGAUUUGCAGGGCGAUUUGAUUGCAAUUAAUGGCUUUGGAUUUGGCGGUGCAAAUGCGCACAUUCUACUUCGACAAAACGCGAAACCGAAAGACAAUUUUGGAAUGCCAGACGACAACAUUCCACGAAUUAUCAACUGGUCCAGUCGGACGGAAAAGGGAGUCAGUGACUUUUUCGACGCUAUCGAUUCUCAGCACCUAGAUGCCGAAUUCGUUUCUCUAAUCCAUAACACACAAAGUAAUGACAUUGCUGGCUAUUUGUAUCGAGGAUACGGACUGUACGAAAAUAAUCCGACCGGCAGAGCGAAAUGCUUAAAUAAAGAGAUUCGUCAUUUCUCGGGUUUGAAACGACCGAUAGUGUGGGUCUUUACGGGAAUGGGCUCUCAGUGGGCUGAAAUGGGUACAUCAUUGUUGGAACUACCGUUAUUUCGGGCAACGGUUGAUCAGUUACAAGUUCCUAUGGAAAAGUACGGCAUUGACUUGGUAAAAAUUAUCACAUCCGAUGAUCCGACGACAUAUGACAAUAUAAUCAAUUCAUUUGUCGGUAUAACGUGUAUCCAAGCCGCCCUGGUGGAUGUUCUAAAGUCCAUACACUUACCGUACGACUUCUUAAUCGGUCACUCUCUCGGAGAAUUGGGUUGCGCCUAUGCGGAUGGAACAAUAACGGCCGAACAGAUGAUCUUAGCAGCAUAUUUCCGUGGAAUUGUGAGUGUGGAAACGAAAAUAGUUCGUGGUGCGAUGGCUGCCAUCGGUCUGGGAUAUAAGCAGAUUAUGAGUGAGGUACCAUCAACCAUCGAUGUAGCUUGUCACAAUGGCAUUGACUCUUGCACCAUUUCUGGACCGGAGGAAGAUGUACGGGCAUUUGUUGAAACGCUGAAGAAAGACGGCGUUUUUGCAAAAAAAGUGGCCAGUUCAGACAUUGCAUAUCAUUCUCGCUACAUCAAAGAUCUGGGACCGAAAUUAUUGAAAAUGUUAAGGAAGCACAUACCGAAUCCGAAACGUCGCUCGGAGAAGUGGCUGAGUACAAGCAUUCCAAUAAAUCGAUGGGAUCAAGAAGAGGGAAAAUAUAGUUCGGCCGAGUAUCAUACCAAUAAUCUGUUAAAUCCCGUACUCUUCGAAGAAUCAAUGGCUUUGUUGCCAGCCAAUGCAUUAACUAUUGAAAUUGCUCCGCACGGAUUGUUACAGUCUAUUCUGAAAAGAUCCAUGCCGAAUGCUAUUCACCUUCCAUUAACGCAGCGAGGGAAUAAAAAUAAUUUACAAUUUUUGUUGAGCGCUUUGGGACAAAUGUACAUCAGUGGAAUUGAUAUGCCGCUGGAAAAACUGUAUCCCGAAAUCAAAUUUCCGGUGUCACGUGGAACUCGUAUGUUAUCGCCUCUGGUACGUUGGGAACACAGUGAAAAAUGGUUUGUUCCGAGGUUCGAAUUGCAGAGAACAUCGACUAGUUGGGAGCGAAAAGUUAAAGUCAGCCUCAAAGAUCAAGACUACGACACGAUCGAUGGCCACAUUAUCGACGGCCGUUGUCUUAUUCCGGCGACUGCAUACAUACAGCUUGUGUGGGAAACAAUGGCUAUAAUAAAAGGUCCGGUCUUCUUCGAUGUUAAUGUGGAAUUCGAGGAUGUACGAUUUUUACGCGCAACAUCAAUGGCAAAAGGCGAAGAAGUAGAAUUGGUGAUAACGAUACUUCGCGGUACCGGACAGUUUAGUGUUACAGACGGUUACACAGCUGUGGUAACUGGUGUCGUAAACGAAAUUGAGAAGCCUCUACCACUGACCACGCUGCCAUCAACAUCUACUGAAUCUGAAUAUCCCAUGCUUCAAACGGAAGAUUUUUACAAAGAAUUACGCUUACGCGGAUACCACUACGAAGGUGCAUUCAAAGGAGUGAAAGAAGUACGAUCAGAUGGAUUGUACGCAAGAGUUAAAUGGGAUAGUAAUUGGAUAUCAUUUCUGGAUUGUUUGCUUCAAGUUCAAAUUUUGCUUAAAGACUCUCGUUCGUUGAUGCUACCAACAAGAAUUCAAAAGCUUCGAAUCAACGCUAGGGAUCACGUGAACAUGGCGUCUAAGUUGACUUCUGAAAAUCCUUACAUCGAUGUGUUUUUGUGCAAAACUUUAGGAAUUUUGGUGUCUGGCGGUGUGGAAAUGGCUGGCAUGCAUACAAGUACAGUUAAUAGACGAAAGUUCCCGGGCAACUUAGUACUCGAAAGUUAUAAAUUCAUUCCACACCUACCGUCGCCAAUAUUACGGAAAUCGGAUGCGGUUCGAGCAUGCGUUCAACUAGCUGUAGAGAAUAGUCCAGUGCUGAAAGUCAAAGCGGUGGAAGUGGACACCCUGGGUCAAAUGCCGAUUAUUGACGAAUUUCAAAAUGCUCUUGACUGUUUACCACUCAUUACGGCUGACCUAAUGUUUUUGACGCCACAAGAAAUCGAUUUGGGCAAAAUCCAUGUCGAGAACGGUUACUUGAAAACGCAGACAAAUUGCUACUUUGUUAUUCUGCGAGAUGGACUAACAGACUUACCAAACGUAGAGGCCAGUUUGUCGAGUGUCGGAGACAAUGGGUAUUUGGUGCUAAGGGAAACGCAAAACGUUGACCUCAUUCUUGAUACACUCAUUCCUGCUGGGUUACAAUUAUUGGCAGUGUUUCGCUGUGAUGAAGAGGUUCUGGUCUUAUACCGUAAAAUUAAGAAACGAAUUCUGGAAAUUCCGAACGUUAUAUUCAUCAAAUCGAAGAACUAUGCGUGGAUGGAUGAACUACGAGCAUCGAUUAAAGAAGCACCAGUCAUUUUAGUGGCGCAAAAUGAAACGCUGUCUGGAAUUAUGGGACUGGUGAAUUGCAUUCGUAAGGAAUCACUAGAGAAUUCACUUUCGUGUGUGUUCAUCGAUGACGACCAGGCACCACCAUUCAACAUAAACGAUCCGCUCUACCGCGAUCAAUUAAAUCUGGGAUUGGCUAUGAAUAUUUAUCGAAACGGAAGUUGGGGUAGUUACCGACAUUUGGAACUGAUGCAUGCACUUGAUGAAAAACCACAUGACAGUCAUUGUUUUGCCAACAUUUCGCAAAAAGGGGAUCUUUCAUCGUUGUCAUGGUUCCAAGGAUCGAUUGAUGUUACAAACAACGAUAACUUGAUAAAGAUUCAAUAUGCGGCCCUGAAUUUCCGAGAUGUUAUGUUAGCGACUGGGCGUUUGGUAUUGGGGGAUCACAAUCGAAUAGAUCAAGAAUGCGUACUUGGUUUAGAGUUUGCCGGUGUAAAUGGCAACGGGGAAAGAAUUAUUGGUCUAGUACUCAGUGGUUCGCUAGCUACUCAUAUUGUUCCACAAAAAUAUCUAGUAUGGAAUGUGCCGGAUAACUGGAGUUUAAAAGAAGCGGUCACAUGCCCUGUUGUAUAUAUGACAGUGUAUGCAGCGUUCUUCACAUAUAAGACAAUCAAAAAGGGUGAUUCCAUUCUGAUUCACGCUGGCAGUGGUGGUGUUGGUCUAGCAGCUAUAACUGUUGCAUUCGCGUAUGGAUUGGAGGUCUAUACAACGGUUUCGAAUGAGACAAAGAAAAAGUUUCUUCUGGAUACAUUUCCUCAACUAAAAGAAUCAAACAUUGGUAACUCCCGAGAUUGCUCAUUCGAGCAAAUGAUUAAAAUCCAAACAAAUGGAAAAGGAGUCGACUUUGUGUUAAAUUCGCUAGCAGAUGAAAAGCUGCAUGCAUCAAUCAGAUGUUUGGGUAUUGGUGGCACAUUUUUGGAAAUCGGAAAGUUUGACUUGAGCAAUAACACGAAAAUUGGAUUGGGUGACUUUCUCAAAGAACUUUCUUUCCGAUCGAUUCUGCUCGACAAUCUCUUUUCGACUAGCAGCGAUUCGUUGGUAUACAUUUCCCAGCUCUUCGAAAACGAUUUACGUGCGGGAGUGAUUCAGCCACUGCAUGCGACAGUAUUCGAGGUGAAUGAAGUUGAAAAAGCUUUCCGCUAUUUGGGAGCUGGCAAACAUGUCGGUAAAGUUGUUUUAAAAGUUCGUGAUGACGUUGCCUCGCCGUAUUCUAAUCCCAUGAGAGUACUUCCCAGACAAUAUUUCAAUCCGAACUUAGUAUAUGUGAUCCUGGGUGGAUUGGGAGGGUUCGGUUUAGAAUUAGCUGACUGGAUGGUCGUACGAGGUGCACGAAAGUUAGUAAUGAGUUCCAGUCGAGGCAUUACCAACUCAUAUCAGACGUACAGAAUCAAAGUCUGGGAAGGAUACGGAACUGAAGUGGUGAUCAACACUUCAGACAUAUCAACGAUAAGUGGGUGCGAGGAUCUGUUGAUGGUUGCACUAACUAUCGGUCCAGUGGGUGGCAUUUUCAAUUUGGCUGUUGUCCUACGAGACAACAUUUUAGAGAAUCAGAACGAACAGAAAUUUAUUGAAUGUCUUGCGCCUAAAGCUGACGCCACACACCAUUUGGACCAGCUAUCCCGUAUACUGUGUCCGCAGUUAAAGCAUUUCGUCGUGUUUUCUAGCGUCUCUUGCGGACGUGGCAAUGCUGGUCAAUCUAACUACGGCAUGGCUAAUUCGAUUAUGGAACGAAUUGUUGAACAGCGGGUCGCAAGUGGAUUGCCAGGUAAAGCAAUUCAAUGGGGAGCUAUUGGUGAAGUUGGUAUCUUGGCUAACAUUUCGGGCAAUAGAUUGGACAUGGAAAUCGGGGGAACAGUGCAGCAGAGAAUAUCCUCUUGUUUGGCCAAUUUGGACCAACUUCUAUCAAGUUCAGAUGCAGUAGUUGGUAGCAUGGUCGUUGCAGAAAAGCGGCUAGGCCUUGGCGGGAAAUUGAAUGUAAUAGAAAGCGUGCUUAACAUAAUGGGAAUUCGGGACAUUAAGCAGAUUUCAAUGACUGCCUCUCUGUCUGAAGUUGGAAUGGAUUCAUUGAUGGCAGUCGAGUUGAAACAGACAUUGGAGCGCGAAUUCGAAAUAUUUUUGACUCCGGAAGAUUUGCGCUCAUUGACAUUUGCUCGGCUGCAAGAGCUCUCCGAUGCCCGAGGAAAAGAUAGCACCGAAAAUGUGAAAUUGAAACUAGCAGGAGAGAACAAAAUUCUUGGCCUGAACAUGAUUCUGCGCACCCUUGGCGAUGAACGAAAUUCUAAGGAAAAAUAUCUUCGUUUGCAAACGAAGAACACAGCUGAAAAAAUCAAUUCGUGCAUGCUGAUUAUUCCCGGCAUUGAAGGUGUAGCGGGUGCAGUGUGGCAUAACGUUGCGAUCAACUUUAAUUUACCAGCUUUCAUUUUGCAAUUGACGAACACCAUUGAUUUGACGACCAUUUCGGACAUGGCAAAUGCAGUUUCAAAUGACGUAAAGAAAAUUUUUAGCAAAAAAGAAUUUUUCUAUUUGGUUGGCUAUUCGUUUGGGGCGUUCAUAACCCUGGAAUUGGCUCGGAUUUUAGAAGAGUCAGGAAUGACCGGAAGCGUUGUGCUGAUCGACGGAGCGCCAGUUUUUUUGAAACAAAUUAGUUACAGUCACACGACUCAAAUCAGUGCAGAAGUAACCGACGAAUCCAUUCAGUUAAUGUUGAUCGUUGCCAUCAUACAAAACAUUUUUCCGCUGGAGAAUCCGGACGAAAUUUUGCUAAAACUUCGAGAGUGCCCGACAUGGCAAAUGAAAGUGGACAAACUGAUUCAGUUUGGGAAAUCGCAAACUGAAUUCUCCGAGGAGUAUAUGCGAACAAUAGCUCAAGCCAUGUACAAUCGUUUGAAGAUUCUCUUCGAAUUGGACAUAACGAAGGUGCAAAAAAUUAAGUCACCGAUUACGCUCAUUCGUCCGACAGAAGUUGCCUUCGUGGACAUCGAAGAAGACUACGAACUUUCGCGGUACACUGAAGCAUCGGUUACGCUCAAAUUCAUCGAGGGUAAUCACACCUCAAUGCUGGACAAUACCAAGUUGGCGGACAUCAUUAACGAUUGCGAUCCGUAUUUGCAGUCGAAUAAAAAUUUUGAAAAUUAUGUGUGGAAUUCCAAAGCAGGGAAAUUUGAAUUCUAAUUUGCACUUUUGUGGAUGCUAAGUUUUUAUUGUGAAACUGUUAAAACUUACAUAAUUAUACUCUUCGGUACGAUCGGCA